GCUCGGCGCUAUGGGGAAGGGGGAGAUGAAGAGACAGGAAGUUAUCAAUGAGCUGUCUGCUGACGGAGCACACCCACGUGCAGAUGCUGCGGGCGCUGCUGCAGCUCUUCUACCAGCCCAUGUUACGGAUGGGAUUCUUCCAGCAGGCAGAACUGGACACCAUCUUCCCCAGCCUGGAGGACCUGCUGGACGUGCAUUCCGUGUUCCUGGAGAGCCUGAAGAAACGCCGUGAGGAGAACGGCUUCAUCAUCAAACACAUUGGGGACCUCCUGCUGGCAGCGGUUUGACGGCGCUGAAGGCCGCUGGUUCCAGAAGCUGUCAGCGCGGUUCUGCAGCCGUCAGUCGUUCGCUUUGGAGCAGCUCAAGGCCAAACAGCGCAAGGACCCGCGGUUCUGUCACUUCGUGGCCAUGAGGCGGAGGAUCGUUCCCGUGUCCAGCAGGCGGCCGAAUGCUGCAGGGAAAUCCUAAAUCACGUCAACCAGGAGGUUCGGGAUAUGGAGAAUCUGAUG